ACACUUGUGACCUCCUCUAUCAAGACACUUGUCACCUCCUCUGUCCAGACACAGAGGUGUGACCUCACUCUAGUGACCUCCUCUAUCCAGACACAGAGGCAUGACUUCACUCUUGUGACCUCCUCUAUCCAGACACUUGUGAUCUCCUCUGUCCAGACACAGAGGCAUGACUUCACUCUUGUGACCUCCUCUGUCCAGACACAGAGGUGUGACUUCACUCUUGUGAUCUCCUCUAUCCAGACACUUGUGAUCUCCUCUGUCCAGACACAGAGGCGUGACUUCACUCUAGUGACCUCCUCUAUCCAGACACAGAGGCGUGACUUCACUCUUGUGAUCUCCUCUAUCCAGACACUUGUCACCUCCUCUGUCCAGACACAGAGGUGUGACUUCACUCUUGUGACCUCCUCUAUCCAGACACGUGUCACCUCCUCUGUCCAGACACAGCGGUGUGACUUCACUCUAGUGACUUCCUCUAUCCAGACACAGAGGCGUGACUUCACUCUUGUGAUCUCCUCUAUCCAGACACUUGUCACCUCCUCUAUCCAGACACAGAGGUGUGACUUCACUCUAGUGACCUCCUCUAUCCAGACACAGAGGUGUGACCUCACUCUUGUUACCUCCUCUAUCCAGACACUUGUGACCUCCUCUAUCAAGACACUUGUCACCUCCUCUGUCCAGACACAGAGGUGUGACCUCACUCUAGUGACCUCCUCUAUCCAGACACAGAGGCAUGACUUCACUCUUGUGACCUCCUCUAUCCAGACACUUGUGAUCUCCUCUGUCCAGACACAGAGGCAUGACUUCACUCUUGUGACCUCCUCUGUCCAGACACAGAGGUGUGACUUCACUCUUGUGACCUCCUCUAUCCAGACACUUGUGAUCUCCUCUGUCCAGACACAGAGGUGUGACUUCACUCUAGUGACCUCCUCUAUCCAGACACAGAGGUGUGACUUCACUCUUACACAGAGGUGUGACUUCACUCUAGUGACCUCCUCUAUCCAGACACAGAGGUGUGACUUCACUCUUGUGACCUCCUCUAUCCAGACACUUGUCACCUCCUCUGUCCAGACACAGAGGUGUGACUUCACUCUUGUGACCUCCUCUAUCCAGACACUUGUCACCUCCUCUGUCCAGACACAGAGGUGUGACUUCACUCUUGUGACCUCCUCUAUCCAGACACUUGUCACCUCCUCUGUCCAGACACAGAGGUGUGACUUCACUCUUGUGACCUCCUCUAUCCAGACACUUGUCACCUCCUCUGUCCAGACACAGAGGUGUGACUUCACUCUAGUGACCUCCUCUAUCCAGACACAGAAGUGUGAAUUCACUCUUGUGACCUCCUCUGUCCAGACACUUGUGACCUCCUCUGUCCAAACACUUGUCACCUCCUCUGUCCAGACACAGAGGUGUGACUUCACUCUAGUGACCUCCUCUAUCCAGACACAGAGGUGUGACUUCACUCUUGUGACCUCCUCUAUCCAGACACUUGUGAUCUCCUCUGUCCAGACACAGAGGUGUGACUUCACUCUAGUGACCUCCUCUAUCCAGACACAGAGGUGUGACCUCACUCUUGUUACCUCCUCUAUCCAGACACUUGUCACCUCCUCUGUCCAGACACAGAGGUGUGACUUCACUCUUGUUACCUCCUCUGUCCAGACACAGAGGUGUGACUUCACUCUAGUGACCUCCUCUAUCCAGACACAGAAGAAGGAAGUCCUGACAGACUCAACAAGAGGGAAGAGUAGGAGGAAAGGGGUCUCCAUCCCUGUUCCUGGACACAUAGAGGAGGCAGGGGUCUCCAUCCCUGUUCCUGGACCCAUAGAGGAGGCAGGGGUCUCCAUCCCUGUUCCUGGACCCAUAGAGGAGGCAGGGGUCUCCAUCCCUGUUCCUGGACCCAUAGAGGAGGCAGGGGUCUCCAUCCCUGUUCCUGGACCCAUAGAGGAGGCAGGGGUCUCCAUCCCUGUUCCUGGACCCAUAGAGGAGGCAGGGAGGAGGCAGGGGUCUCCAUCCCUGUUCCUGGACCCAUAG